AGGAGGGAUGGGAGUCGAGAAAGGUAAGCGAAGAAAGAAAAGGGGAGAGAGGUCGAGGUGGGGAGAGAGAGAGAUUGGGAUGGGAGUCGGGAAGGGGAAGGGCGUCAAAAGAAGGAAAAGAGGAAAGGGAGAAGGGAGCCGGGAGGAGAAAGGUCGCAAUGGACGGAUAGAGAAGGUCGGAGGCGAUGGAUGGGAAGGGGGCGAGAUCGGGAUGGGAGUCGGGAUAUGGUCGGGAUGGGGAGGGGAAGAGGUCGGCAGGGGGAGAGUUCGGGAUGGGAGUCGGGAGGAGGGAGAGGUCGGGAUGGGGAGAGGUCGGGAUGGGGAGGGGAAGUGGUCGGGAUCGGAGUCGGGAAGGGGAAGGGCGUUGGAAUAAAGUCGGGAUGGGGAGGGGGAAAGGUCAGGAUGGGGAGGGGAAGUGGUCGGGAUCGGAGUCGGGAAGGGGAAGGGCGUCGGAAUAUGGUCGGGAUGGGGAGGGGGAAAGGUCGGGAUGGGAGUCGGGAGGAAGGAGGGAUGGAAGUCGGGAUGCGGGAAAGGAGGGAGAGGUCGGGACGGGAGUCGGGAGGAGGGAGGGUUGGAAGUCGGGAUACGGAAAAGGAGGGAGAGGUCGGGAUCGGGAGGGGAAGUGGUCGGGAUCAAAGUCGGGAAGGGAGAGGUCGAGAAUGGAGAGAGAAGUAAGCGAAGCAAGGAAAGGGGGAAGAGGUCGGAAUGGGGAGGAGGAGAGGAGCGAAGGAAGGAAAGGGGGAAGAGGUCGGAAUGGGGAGAGGGAGAGGUCGGGAUGGGAGUCGAGAGGAGAAAGAUCGCGAUGGACAGAUAGAGGAGGUCAAAGACGACGGAUGGGAAAGGGGAGAGAUCAAGAUGGGAGUCGGGAUAUGGUCGGGAUAGGGCGGGGGAGAGGUUGGGAUGGGAGUCGGGAGGAGGGAGGAAUGGAAGUCGGGAUACGGGAAAGGAUGGAGAGGUCGGGAUGGGAGUCGGGAGUCGAGAGGGAUGGAAGUCGGGAUACGGGAAAGGAGGGAGAGGUCGGGAUCGGGAGGGGAAGUGGUCGGGAUUGGAGUCGGGAAGCGAAAGAGAAGGUCGGAGGUGAUGGGUGGGAAGGGGGGGAGAUCGGGAUGGUAGUCAGGAUAUAGUCGGCAUGGGGAGGGAGAGAGGUCGGGAUGGGAGUCGGGAGGAGGGAGGGAUGGAAGUCGAGACACGGGAAAGGAUGGA